GUAUCGAUACUGGCGGUGAUGGGUGCGCAUGCGCGCGGCGCCGCUAUCGAGCGGGCGGCAUCGUGCGGCAGUUGCGACCAUGGAGCCGCCGCCAGCGUCCGGCCUCCCCGCGCGCCCGCUCGUCAACCCCGACGAGUAUGGCGAAGUUGACACCUCCAGGUAUCCGGCGCCGAAGGAGGCCACACAUAAGGUGCGCGGGCGCUCCGACCUGCUGGAGAUGAUAUGCGGAGCCGACGCCGUCGACCCAGAGCUGCUCACCGUCAAGACCUUCUACUUCUUCUUCUAUUCUGCGUUUGGGUCCCUGUUCCCGCUGAUGGGAGUAUACUUCAAGCAGAUGGGCAUGAACGCGGGGCAGUGCGGGCUGCUGAUAGGGACGCGGCCGUUCGUGGAGUUCCUGUCGGCGCCCUUCUGGGGCAGCCUUGCCGACCGCUGGCAGAAGGGCCGGCUGCUGCUGCUGGCCUCGCUCGGCGCCUGGGUCGUUUUCACCCUGCCUCUCAGCUGGGUACAGCCGGAUGCGGUGGCGUGCGUGCAGCCGCUGGCGAACGGCAGCGGCUACGAGCUGGUUUCGCCGAAGUACGACGAGGACUGGCCCGCAGUCACCCGCAAGUUCAAGGGCCCGCAGGCCAGCGGUCGCGAGGGCUCUCCGCUGCCCGUCAGCGACGCCAUCAACUUCGACCCCAAAACUCAGGGCGACUAUGUCUCGCCUCUACACUCCUACAUUGUUUACAGGACCCCGAACAUCCAGAAGACAUUCUUCCUGUUGCUGCUGCUGGUAGUGAUCGGCGAGUUCUUCAGCGCGCCGGCCAUCACGCUCGCCGACUCGGCCGUCAUCACCUUGCUCGGAGAGGACGCUGACCGAUACGGGCACCAGCGCAUGUUCGGCUCGCUGGGCUGGGGGCUGGCGAUGUUCUUCGUGGGCAUCGCGCUCGACCACAGCACCGCCUUCAGUUCGCACCCCUGCGGCGGCCCGCAGCGCUAUGAGAAGAACUACACCAUUUGCUUCGCCACCUUCUCCGUAUUGAUGGGAGCCGCGCUCAUGACUGCGUCCCAGAUCAGAUUCAAGUACGAGUUCGCAAGCGCGGAAGUCCUGGCGCCGGAACCGACGGUGGCGCCUUCAGAGCCCACUCACGAGGAGAAGCUGCAGCAACAGCUGGCGGAGCAGCUGCAGCUACCAGGACUUGAUACCAGCGCGCCGCCGCUGCCGCAACCGCCCGUGCAGCAUGCCAAGGUGUUUGCACAGACGACACGUGAAAUGCCCGAGUGGGUGACGGUGCUCCGCCAGUUUCAAAACGUGAAGGCAGCUUCCUUCCUGCUGGUGGCCUGGUUCAUGGGCUUCGGCAUCGGCCUCAUAUUCACUUUCCUCUUCUGGCAUUUGCAGGAUAUUGGAGGCUCACCCACAUUGUUCGGUGUGGCGUCCGUCAUCAACCACAUCUCGGAAAUCUUCGCCUACUUCUUCAGCUUCAAGCUCAUCACCCAAAUGGGACAUGUCAAGGUGCUAUGCCUGGGCCUGGCGGGCAACGUCGUGCGGUUCCUGUACAUCUCGUGGCUGACGGACCCGUGGUGGGUGCUGCCGUUCGAGUUCGUGCAGGGCGUGACGCACGCCGCGGUGUGGGCCGCUUGCUGCAGCUACAUCGCGCACGGCGCGCCGCCGCAUUUGCGCUCCUCCGCUCAGGGGGUAUUGCAGGGUCUGCACCACGGCCUAGGGCGGGGCUGCGGCGCGGUGCUGGGUGGCAUCGCGGUCGCCAAGUGGGGCACCACCAAGACCUUCGCCGGCUACGGCCUGCUGUGUGCCGUGGCGCUCGCGGCCUUCGCUUUCGUCAACUUCCGAGGAGGAGAGACUGAGGUGACAGCGGGCAGCGCGGCGGCGGACGAGGAAGCGCGCGCGGUGGCUGAGGCGGGGGUGCUGGCUCCGCACGGGGUGCCGUCCAACCCGCUGCCGCGCGCGCUCUCCUCCACUCGUCUGGCCGACCUCGCGCACCACGACCAAUACGGAGCCACACAGAGCUACGCCGGUGCGGAGAGCUUGGGCGUGCCCGGGCAGAGCCCCGCCCCGCGCCCCGCUAACCCCUUCAUCGCCGAACAGCAGCAGGCCUACAGAUAAGCGAGCCCUUCCUCCCGCCAACAAACUCCUCUAAAGUCUGCUCAAGCCAGAGUAGACCAUGUUCGCCGUUGACACGCGCCACAGAGUAGCAAUAACACAAGCGACAAAGUUCUAUAAAUCAUUUUUAUUUCAUCGUUUUCAACUUAUAUUUUACAUAAAACAUGGUUAAGGUUAUUUUUAAAUUUUGAAAUACAAUGGUUUGUUUUUGUACGUGAUCAUGUUGCGUUGAUGUAUAGGAUUUUAUAAUGAGUUCUGUUUCGACGUCCUCUGUGGUAUUACACAAAAUUAUAAGUAUUCUAGUCAUAGGCUCCUCUUGUUAUAGUUUAAAUUAAUGUUCCGAAGUCGGUGUGUACUUAUAGGAAUCACGAGAAUCCAUUAUGUAGGUUCAGUUGCUGGAAUUAAAUCUCCUAUUUAUAUGAUUCCAAGGAAUGUCUUUUUAUGGAAGAUUUGAUAUUUCUUUGGGCAUAGGUUAGUAAGCAAGUUGUAUUAUUUAUAAUUAAGUAUAUCUAACAUGAAUGUAAUGUUAAUGUUACCGUAGGUUACGAAUAUUUAUUAUGUCAAUCAAAAUUUAUAGUAAAGGGCAGAGAUGACAAAGAUUUCUUAAUUAUACUUAAAAAAAAGUCGUAUUCUAUUGUCAUUGACGAAACUUAUCUUACGAUCCAGCAUACGAAACUAAGUUUCAAAUAAAACACUAUAUAUUUUUGAUUAUAUUUGCUGUGGUAAAUGUGGUUAAAUGAAAAGCUUGAGUCAUUGGAAUUAUGAUAUUUCUAUUUCUUUCAGAGCAAAAAUAAAACAUUACUUUCGAAAUUGCUUUUUCUCCAACAAUUCAGAAGCGAAUGUGGGUUGUUAUUGUACAUGGUCCAAAUUACUUUCAAUAUAUUUUAAUAUAUUUUCAAUUUCCAUUUUACUUAGCUUGUAAACAUGUAAUGUUAUAUGAUUACAUUUAACAAACGUCAAAUAAAUAAAUAUUAGACAUUCCCGGUCGUGUCGUACGUAACUCCAACGCCGGUGCUACGAGCUCCGGCUCGACAACUCGUGGCAUCCUCAUGCAAUGAUCAUUGUUGCCAUUUUCUCUAUGAUAAGAUGAGAAAUGAGAGUGUUAUUAUUAUUAUGUCUGUGUAUAAUUUAUGGAAACGCGAUGUCAUAUCAUGGUGUGAUGAGUAGAUAAAUUUAUAUACUAUAUAUGAUAUACAUGUUAGAAUAUAUGUAGUUGCUCGAGGCAACUCUCUCGCUUUCCUUCGACUGUUUGUAUAUUGCAUUAAUCUAUGUAUUUUAUAUAUGAUACAAACUUCAACUGAUCGUCUGUCCAAAUAUCAGAAAUUACGGUGGUUUAUCGCAACGAACAUUUGAAAAGAAAAUAAAACCGUCACAGAGAAGAUAAUAGAGACAAAGAAGAAGUUUUUUUUAAACUUUAAACUUUUGAUUUGGCUGCGCAUAUACUAUUUUUUAUUUCAAAGACAAAAUUAAUACCUAAACAUUAAACAUAUAUAAUUAUCCUGCUUUCGCGGUGAAUUUAAAAUUUUUAAAAGUUGUAUUUCAUUUGUUCGAUGUGAAAUCCUAGUCUCCAGCAUUUAUUUCCUCUGUGAUAAUAUAAACGAUGUCAUGUUAAUAGUACCGUGUGAGAUACUCUAUAAUAUUGUUGUUUGUAUAGAUCGUUUCGCGGCCCGCCCGCUGCACCAGUUGAUAUAUUUUUGCACAGUCUAUAGUGUUAGCGCCGCGGGCUGCGCCGCUCGCCGCGCCGCCCACCGCCCCGCUCGACGCUGGCGCGGCGGACCGCGCGAUAGCCCGUCUUUCAAUUUCAAAUGUAUAAAUAAAUCAAUGUUGAACU